UCCAGCGGCCAGUUGUUGUUGUUGCGCGCCUACACAAAGCAUUUCCGCAGAAUAUAUAUAUAUACACACACAAAUCCUUUGUAUAUCCUUCGAGUCGAAAAUUAAUCAUCGCGAGUGAAAAUCAAAGUUUUUCUGGGCUUUCUUUAUUUUUCCAGUGCGAAAAGUAAAGCAAUUGCAUCCAUCCAACGCUGAGAUUAUCCUUUUGCCAGCCACCCAACAAAAACAAACAGAAAUGGCCGCCUACGCCGCAUUCAAACACGUUGAACUUUACAACGUUGGCAAGGCCAAAAAGAGGGUGCUGAGGCCUCCGGGCGGCGGAUCGAGCGACAUCUUUGGAUCGGAGAUGCCGCAGACCCCCAGGAAUGUGAAGAAUCGCAUGGUAUCCAACAUUUUUGCUGCCGAGAAAGAUAAUGGAGUGAAAAAUAACGUACGACAAGGAGCUCACAGAUUCUAUUUCAUUGGUGAUGCACCGCGUCGCGGCCAGAAGACCGUCGACUCGCACUCUCGGCUGUUUGGUGAACCCUCGCGCCCCAUCACCCCUGGCAAGAACCACAUGAAGAGCAGCAUUCCCUUCGGGCAGAACACAGAGGCAGCUGCCGCCCAAAAGCUGCUGACCACCGCCACCAAUGGCCACUACAAUGGCAAGAGCGGAUCCGUGUCUUCGGCCUCAUCUUCGGUGUCGUCCUCGACCGAGAAUCUCAAGAUGAGCAGAUCAGAGGGCAACCCCGUCACCGGUGAGGGCUACAAGGCCGGAGGCACCGAUUAUCAGCACCGCCAGGACACCUCCCAUGGUGGCACUCCGAUGAUUAACAAGAAUCGCGUGCCACCAGGCGGCUACUCGUCGGGACUAUGGUAAUGGCGACGGGAAUUGAUCUGGAUCCCCAGCACAAUUAGUGGCGCAAUGGCGGGAUGAGGAGAAACCGCAAGAAAACCCAAGAAAAAAAACAGACACAAAAAAAUUAAAUCGUACUACCCCCAUAUACGCAUAACCCUUACCCUUACCCUACGUACACACAACAAGGAGCAGCACAUGCGAUCGGAGCAGCGGCAGGCCAGCAGGAUUUGCCAACGAAUAUUAAGGCGUACACGAGGGAACUCAUUGCUCAACGAGAUGGAGAUCACCGACGACGACGACGACGAUGAUGCUGCAAACCCAAAACGAGAGUUAAUCGAACACAUUUAAGCGACAUUCGCACUAUACCUACCACUACACCAAUCACUACCACCAGAGACAAGCCUCCCUUCGAAGACAUACAUUUUAAAUUCUUUUGUUUAUGAAAUCCCUGGUCCCCUGCCUCCCAACCCAUACAGCCCAAGGGUAUUAGUGGUUGUGGAGAUAAGAGCAGAUUAAAGGCGCAAUGGGACUUUCCACACCUUUCGAUAUUUUAAUGCUAAUUGCAUUAACCACACGCUACAUCUAUAUAUUUAUAUCAAUCGCAUUCACACGACCACUCACAUACAUAAACUACAUACAUACAUAAUAUACAUUGUAUUACCAUUACAUUAAAUAUGUAAUUUAAACAGUACGCAUGUACGUACUAAUGUGCACGUACUAAUAAGGUGUAAAAAUACAAAAUUCAAACGCGAA